AUGGUAAACCCAGAAGACGUCCUGAUUUUACCAACUUCCUCUUCAACGUCUUCCACUUCUCCAUCUAUUCAAAAAAUCUCUCCAGAAGUUUGUGAAGUUUGUGGUGAUCGUGUGAAUAGCAGAAGGUACGGUGCAUCGGCAUGUCUUGGAUGCACUGUGUUCUUUCGGAGAGCAAUCGUGAAUAAAAUGCAAUACAGGUGCCUCAGAGAUCAAAACUGUCUGAUUUCUCAUACCUACCGUUGUGCAUGCAGAUACUGUAGAUUUCAAAAAUGUUUACGAGUAGGGAUGCGACCAGAAGCUAUCCAGAGAAGAGAUCUUGUCGGACCUAGAAAAGUUUCGAGAGAUGAAAAAUCAGGAAGUCCUGAUCUUAUAAUCAUUGACGAUCAAUCCGAUAACUUUCUGCAAGAAUGGGCCAAUUUCCAAAGGCUGCAGAAUUCAGAGCAGCUUCCUUAUUUUGCAGAGCAUCACAUUGAUGUAGCGUUUCAUAAAGAUCAAUCUAAUUUCGUAAAAUUCCGCCGUCGUGCUAGGGCUCCGGACGUGAAUGUGAUGCUGAAGCUGUGUCUGAAGCAGGCUGCUGAAUGGGGAAACCGUUUGAAACCUUUCAAAAAGCUUUCAUUGGAAUCCAAGAAAAGUAUUCUGGCAGAAUAUUGUCUAGCAUUUCUGUUGAUUGAUCAAGGAUUCAAAACUGCAAAAGAGGCAGAUCUCGGAAUUUGGCUUCUUCAAAAUGGAAGUUUUAUGCAUCCAGACUAUUUCUUUGGUCUGUCGGCCAAUAAUAUUAGUGUAGCUGAAAAUAUGAGAGUCAAGACACAACUCCAUCACAACUUUGUAACUGAACUUCUUCAUUGCGUGAGUAAUCCCUUUCGGAAACUGGAAAUCGAUGAAAUAGAAUGUGCUGCUUUGAAAACAAUCCUUCUUUUGAGCCCUUCAUGCUCAAAACGUGCGAUUUAUGCUGGUCAAGAAGGAAUUCUCGCAGGGUUCUAUACAAAGUGUAUGGAGGAAUUAAUGGAUCACGUGAUGAGCAAAUAUCAAGACAAGGGAGCAGAACGGUUCGGAGAAAUAAUUUUGUUGAUUGGAUCAAUACGAUGUGGAGUCAAAACUAUUUAUAAUCAAACACGGGUUUCCGAUCUCUUUAAUUUCAUGAGAUUCGACGAUUCGGUUAAAGAUAUUCUGUUAACUUAA